AUGGUAUUGGUUGGGUUUAGAGACAAAAUAAGGAAAUCGCAAGAUUGGUCAUUAGGUCUCUUUUUCUUGCUAUGUGUGGUGCUUCUCUGGGUCCUUUCUUCAUUUCUUUUAAAUGAUCUAUUUGAAAAAGGAAUUUAUUCUAAACCAUUUUUAAUCACAUGGAUUAAUACUUCUGCAUUCACGUUUUAUCUUAUUCCAUACUACUUACGAUAUCAUUUGAACAAACUAUCCGAGAAUUCUCCUAUUGUUAGAGUUUUGUCUUCCAUUUCUUCUUCUGCCGGUCAGGAGUCAAGAGAUCAAAAUGAUAUAAACGAUGAUAUUGAGGCUGAAGCGGAGGCUUUUGACGCUGAAGCAGCAAACAUAGAAAGUUCCAAUGAAAAUAACGAUAACGCAUCUAUGAGUGGAACAAGUGCAUUGAUCAUAGUUGAUUCUCACAAGCCAGAACCUCUCACAUUUUUAGAGACCAUACAUCUCUCUUUCUGGUUUUGCAUCUUAUGGUUUGUUUCCAAUCUUUUAAACAACGCAUCCCUCAUAUUCACGUCUGUUUCAUCACAAACAAUAUUAGCAUCAACAUCAUCAUUUUUUACUAUAGUCAUCGGCUAUUUCACAAGCUUAGAACUUUUAUCCAAAACGAAAUUAAUUUCCAUAGCGCUUUCUAUUGCUGGAAUCAUUCUCGUUACAAGCAACGAUAACCCAGUUAAAAACGAAGCUGCUGAGCAGGCCAUCAUGUGGGGUAAUCUUCUAGCCUUGGCUGGUGCUUUAUGUUAUGGUGUAUACUCGAUUCUGUUAAAGUUGAAUGUCAAGGAGGACUCGCGUAUUGAUAUGAAACUAUUUUUCGGAUUCGUCGGCCUUUUCAAUUUCCUGCUUCUAUGGCCACCGCUAAUCAUUAUGAACAAACUUGGCUACGAAAGAUUGGAGCUUCCUCCUAACAAAUCUGUUUACAUCAUAAUCAUAUUUAACUGUAUUGCUUCCUUUUUAGCAGAUUUUCUUUGGGCCCGAGCAAUGCUUUUAACAUCACCUCUAACGGUAACCGUUGGUCUCUCUAUGACAAUCCCUGUGGCGAUGGUCUGUGAUUUCAUUUUCAAUUUAAAAUGGAACUCACCUGUGUACAUGAUUGGUGCCAUGCUCAUUUGUGCAUCAUUUUAUAUGGUUAAUAAAGAUGAGCAAAACGAUAACAAUCAAAGGAUUGAUUGA